AUGGCCGACAUCGUUGACUUGAGACCCAACGCGGUCAACAUGGCAGCGGUCGCCAAUGGAAUAGCCACCGCCAGAAGUGGAAAUCCUGUGGUUGAUUUGCAUGUCGACGACUAUGUCCACCUACACUGCGGCGGCAAGGUAUUCAUUGUCUUUCGCGACGUCAUCGUUGCGGGUUCGAUGUAUUUCGAAUGCUGCCUCUUCGGCUUCUUCAAGGAGACCCUUGAGCAAACGAUCUUCCUCGACGACGUCGAUGUCGAAGCCUUCGAGUUCUAUCUCAACAUCGCGCACGGUUGGUUCUUCGAAAUGAAGGUUCGCGGCGUCCGGGUUGUGCCUCCCAGAGUCUUCGACGACCAAAUCAACGCCAUCAUGCAAGGUCCUUGGAUGGAAAGCCGUCUGGAAAUUCCCCAGAUGAAGCUUGCCACAAUGGCCAAGACGGUCAUUCUGGGCGACCGUUUUGUUCACCGCCCUCUUCUUUCUAUCCUGAGACACAUGUUCGUCUCUCUCCUCGAAGUCACCCAAGACUGCUGGAACAAGCUCAAGAACAAAACCCGCGACUGGGAUGAGGUGUGGCAUUCUGAAUUCAUGCUGGACUUCAUUGAGGCGUUUGAUCUGCUCUCGACAGGACACGACGAUGAGAAGCUCUUCAGAGACUCCCUCACCGAGACAUUCUACUGGUUCAGCCGCCCCGUCACCGGCCUUAUUGACUACUUUGGGCCCAUCCUGCCUUCUGAGUUCUCCCACGAAUUGCACUUGGAAAGAGACGGGCAAGACAGGAUGCGCAAGAGACAGCACGCCUGGGGAAUCUCUACGACAGACCAAAUGAUGUACGCGGCUAAGACUCGCCAGCAAAAAGAUCGAAGAUUCAAGCGUGUUGUGAACCUCUGCUGUCCUAAGCCGCGUGGCGAGUGGCUGCCUUGGUUUCACGACCCCGAGGAAAUCAGAAUCCGGAAGAUUUAUCUUGAUGACACCGCUAAGGCUCGAUUCCCACGUCCUUCGGCAAUUCGCUCGGGCGCACGCUCUUUUGUCCCUGGUGCUACUACCCACGGUGUCUCUAGUUCAGAAGCUUUCACUCCCAAGACUCUGCGUCAGGAAGCUCAAAGCAUCGGCAGAGACUCGCGCCUUGGCAACAAUCAACGACCUGACAGCCGCCAACAUCGCAAGCCGCGAGGAGGGAAGGGCUCCCGUGGCAAUCUUCGCGCCGUAGAGGCGAGAUAUUCAUCGCGAGACAACGGCUACUCUGGCAAUGCCUUAGAAAUUGGACCUCCUAUUGAGUCCCAGCUGUCCAACCUAUCCACAGUCAUCACUGAGCCACUUCCAAUCAGUGAUGCGAGCAACAUCCACAACGUCUCAGAGAAUCCCACCGGCAAUCACCCUGCUUGGUCCCACGGGCAAGUCAAUCACACAGAUGUGGAGGCGGAUGGCAUGCCUGGAAAGAAGAAGAACAAGCGGAGAAAUAGGAAAAAGAAGCAGCAGGAACAAGGAGAUUCGGCUGGGCAGGGCAACGAUUCACAGCAGGUUCGUCAAGCUCACCUGCAGCCACCUUCCUGUUUCCAGGUCAAUGCAAAGUCUGUCCUGCCCUCGGGCCAUGGAAAUGGCGAGCCUGCCCGUCGCGGAAGAGCCGAGCAAAACAAGCGCGGCAGUGGAAAGCGUGGGCGAGGUGGCGCAAGACCUCAGCAUCCGAGCGGUAGCGAGCCCUCGUCCUCGGACGAGCCUCACGCAUCUGCAAUCACAGGCAGAGACGGCAAUGCUGCAGACCAUGCAGGGCAAUCUGGCACUAGGGGCCGUGGCUGGGGCAGACGCCGUGGAAAUGGAAGCGGAGGGCCGUCAAACCCGGAUUGGAACUCUAUCUCGGUGGCCUCAGAUGUCUAG